ACCAUGGUGAAUUUUACUGCUGAAGAGAAGGCUGUUAUCACAAGCCUGUGGGGCAAGAUGGAUGUGGAACAGGCUGGAGGCGAGGCACUAGGAAGGCUCCUGGUUGUCUAUCCUUGGACCCAGAGGUUCUUUGACAGCUUUGGCAACCUAUCUUCUGCCUCUGCCAUCAUGGGCAAUCCCAAGGUCAAGGCCCAUGGCAAGAAGGUGCUGAACUCUUUAGGAGAUGCUGUUAAGAACCUGGACAACCUCAAGGGCACCUUUGCCGAACUGAGUGAACUGCACUGUGACAAGCUGCACGUAGAUCCUGAGAACUUCCGGCUACUGGGAAAUGUGCUAAUGAUUGUUUUGUCAAACCACUUUGGCAAAGAAUUCACACCCCAAAUGCAGGCUGCCUGGCAGAAGUUGAUGACUGGUAUGGCCAAUGCCCUGGCUUCCAAGUAUCACUGA